AGGCAUUAAUGAUGGGUAGCGUGCCUGUCGUGCUGUCCUCACCACUGGAUGUGCUAUACGAACAGCUACAUGGCCAUCGCAAAAAUUGAAAGAUCAGGUGUCCUGAAAAAGGUCGCAGAUUGGAGCCAGCUUCUUCGGGCUGGCUUGACACUGUGAAGCGCACGCUUAACAGUAUUGCUUACUGUUUUGUGUGGCCAGAGAUGUCGGCGGCAGAGUGGGCCUUGUAUGACAGCCGGGUGCUGACAGCCAAGUCCUUUGCCUCUAAGACUGCCCACAGCAUGGCCUGUGAAAAGUCGUACGGCGAUGUUCUUGCUGCUGAUCCUAACGGGCCUGAUGGCGGCUUCUUUGCGAAGUCCGCCAACCCUAUAUCUUGCCAACAAUCCUGGGCCGCGUCCAAACCUGCAAAGUUCACGGGCCACAGCUCAAGAGACCCGUGAGGCCAAGGACUGGCUCAGUCUGGCGGUUGGCAAGGAGGCAUUGCUCGCAUCGCUGCUACCGCUGUGGAGCUGUUGCCGAGUCGGGGCCGGAAGAGGUUUGAAUCAAGUGAGCAAAUCGCGUGAUCCAUUGGGUUUGGAGAAGUGCAUCGAUGGCGCGCUCAACUCGUUCACGUUGGUUCGUGCACUAUGUUCGGCUGCGACCUUCCGGUCAGGCUUGGUUUUGAAAUGCGUCGCUUGCUGGAUCCAGCACCGGAGUGGCCGCCCUCGCCAAACAUGUCAUUCCCGGGCCAGCGGUCGUUGCGCUUGAUCCAUGGGAUAUGGAUGGCACCGCUGGGGAGGGUCGCAGCUGUCUUGGACUUCAAGCAACUCAAGGAAGCCAAACCACCUAGAUCACGGAUGAUCACAGGCCUGCCUUCGUGUGUCCGGGCGGCAUUCGUCCGACUAAGGUUUCCCGUCAUUAUCCUCCAAAGUUGGCAGGAGGCAUCGCGGGGAGAAAUAGAAGUUAACAAUCAAAGAUGCCAGUUUGAGCAGUGAAGAUCACUGAAAACCGCGUGGGGGUUUGAAAGAAUUUGCGCGCCUGCUCCAAUUCUGUGGCUCGCUGCUGUGCAGCUCAUGAGGCGCAACCCAAUUCCACGUGGCACUGGCGACGGAAGAUUCUCCGCAAAUGGGGGAGGCAGCCCUUUUCAAGGUGGCCAAAACUUGUGGGUGCAGCGAGAGCAUACUGAGUGCGUUUGAACGCGUUUGAGCUUGCUGUGUGGAACAUAGUAAUUCGGUGGUGUUUUUCAUUCAUUCUGAGGGUGCAAGCGAAACUACGAACUCGCUUCUGGACAGACUUGAUCCGUGAACGGCAUCAGGCAGCACUGAGGUCAUAAUACUGACGAUUUUGGUGUUCAUCCCAUCCGGAAGCACACAUCGGCCAUCGGAUGUUUUCAGCGUGCUUGAGACCAGACCUCCAGCAGGACUCGAAAAACUGGGGCGCGAUGAUCACGCCGAUGCAUAUAUGGCAAUACACUUUGCCUUCUCGCCAAAGUCCGUCGGUCAGUGAAAAGGCAAAAUAGAGUGUGACAUGAUGUGACAUGACCACUUGAGCACCCAAUGAGACCUUGAGCAUCAUUUGAA